AUGGCGGUGAUCCUGGUCCAGUCGGUGGGCACGCUGCACAGAAGCGCCAUUCCAGUGCGCAUGGAGGAGCUGGGUGCGGAGCCAACGGUGACCAAGGUGAAGGCCUUGAAGGAGACUGAGAGCAGAAGCAGGGCCAAGUACUUGGAGGAGAUGGUCUGCCAACAUACUAGCAUUACGCCCAUCAAGCAGCGAAUGGAGUACAAGGGCCGCGUGCUCAAGGAUGACAUGACGCUGGCGGAGUGUGGACUCUCUGAAGGAGGUCGCAUCUUCCUCGAAGCCCACUGCGAUGGUGGACCCGGGUGGUUCUGGCACUGA